ACAUUGCUGGGUCAUGGCAAGCCUCUCAUCCACCAACACCUCCAAGUCCUUCUCCCCAGGCUGCUCUCAAUUCAUUCCCUGACCUGUCUGUAUUUCUUCUUGGGACCACCCCAUAUGCAAGACCAUGGACUUGGCCUUAUUGAACUUCAUGAGGUUCACAUGGGGUCACCUCUCAAGCCUGUCAAGAUCCCUCUGGAUGGCAUUCCUUCCCUCCAGCCUGUCACUCAGCAAGGCAGGCACAGCCCUUCAUAGCAGUGGUUGUUCUCUGUAGCCACUGCUUAUCAUCCUCCUAAACAGCCUUAGCUGGAUAAAAACCUCAUUUAGGCCUUCUUUAUAGACUGGAAGAGUGGGAGGAAGAAAUGCCUCUAGAGACUAAUAUGUUGCUAGCCUGGCUUUUAAAUUGAUAAAUAUCUGCAAGAUUUAAGAAAGGCUGAUGGUCUCUGACUAAUCAGAGGAAACUGCUGAGACUGGGAACUUCUCUUGUUUGGCAGAGACUUUGUCUCUCUGAUUCACUUAUUCCCCUUAUAAUCCUCAAAGCAAAGAGGUACUGCCAUGCCUGCUCCUCAGAGGAAGGCAGAUGUAAUGUGACUUCUCCACCAGAGCCACUCAUGGGAUGUCUUUGAAAAAGUAGGGAUUUUUUUGACCUCUGGUCUCCUGGGCCCUGAGGGAAAACAUGAAACCCAACUUUUAGUCAACUCCUUGACUGCUAGCACACCAGAAGAAAUGAAACAAAAAAUACCAGCCCAAAAAGCUACAAUGUCUUUCAAGCCUCUGAAGCCUCACAGUUAGCAUUUAUCUUUCAAAAGUUAUUACUUCAAAAGUAAUUUAUUAUUUUACUAGCUGUUCGGUAAGAGAUCAAAUAAAGCUAAGAUGCCUAGUUAAGAAUGUUCUUAUUUUAUUAAUUACCAUUUAAGGAACUUGAUUGGUUACUUGAAAUGCUGGAGAGAAUAGCUGAGUAGGAGUUUGGGUUGGGUGAAGCCAGCUAGCCAAGAGUUUUGCAUCUGGUUUACAAAAGAGUACGAGUAGGCUGAAAUUCCAGGCUGAUGAGAUGGUCUCCACUAUGACUACACUUCUUUCUUGGUAAAGAACUCGGUACACUUGACAAGUGAGCCAUAGGGAUGAAAGAGGAGUUUAUUUUCUGGAGGACUACAGGAUUUCACUUUGCUGAGUUCUAUGGCCAUUCCUGCUCCUAUGGCAAUGAUACCAGGAUGCUGGUCACUCUCUUUGGAUCUAAGCUACACAAGAGCUGACAAAACACCAGAAAUUGUCCAGGUUUUAUCUGAACUAAUGACUUGCAAAUAGGAAGCAUCAUAUCUUAUGUCAAAAAUUUGUCUGAGCCAUGAAUGUACUCUCACACCUUUUGCCAAGAGGCUCAGGAGCUGACAAAGGAGACCUGGUACUGUGGUCCAAAAAGAGUUCAGUGACCCAAGAGCUCUGCUUGUGACCCAAUAGCAAUUAAGUACUGCUGCAAUGUUUCAAUGGUAAUGGUGCUCUGCCACGUCCUGCCCUUUCUUCCCAAAUCUGAAGUUUUUUGCUGGAUCUGCCUCUUCCCAAAUUUGAUCAAUGUUGUUUUGCCUUGUGUUAGCCUGUGAGUCCCCAGAUGCACAUCCUGCUUGGGAUGACCGUGACCCUGACUUCAGUGGGAGCUGCUUCCUCUCACAGACAGUUCCAGCUGGACUCAUCCCACAGCCUGUGCUGUAUCCUUUGAGGUCUGGGAGCACAGAGACACUCACAGGCUCGUCAGGCUGUGCCUGCAACAGCCAUGGAUUCCUCCUCAGUGGUUGCUGUGGGUGGGUUCUGUGCAGCACCAGGAGCAAAGGAGGGAAGCUCUAUUCCAAGGGUGGCAAGAGAAACAUCCCUCUGCUCUGAGGAAAAGGAGGAAAGUGAAGCAUCUUGGAAAUUCCUCAAAAGCUGCAGGAAUUGGUGAGGGGAGGAGGCUUUGAGAUGAUACAUACACAAUAGUUGAAAGAACCUUUGCAUUCAACAAAGAGUAAAUUUCUCAGGGGAACAAAAAAAAAAAAAGAAGAAGAAGAGGGAGAACUGUGGGAGACCUAAAACUGUGUUUGUAUUUGGAAGACUGUGCCUCCCUUCCAUUUUCAUGUUGUCAAAAUAUCCUGAAAAUAUCUGUGUUAUUCUUCCUUUCCUGCCCCACCCCUAAUUAGGAGUUUAAAAUGGGAAAUGCUGAAGUAUUUAAUUUCAAAUCUUUCAAAAUCAAGUUUUUAACAUAUUUUAAAAGAAAUUCAUAGAUCUAAACUACUAUUUCAGCUCAAAAAGAAGAAAAAAAUAUUCAAGUAGAUCAGCAAUAAAAUAAACUGCAAACACAAUGUUUCACUUGGGGUUGAACAAAUGCCUUGAAUUCAUCCUAUUUUUAGUUUGCUUUUCUCUUUUUCCUGAGUUUCAGUUCCACACACUUUCGGUUUGUUUGACCUUUUUUAACAUUUCUAUUAUUCAUCCCUAGUUUGGUUUUCGAUUUAUUUAAAUAUUAAUGAAAGAACAACAGUUACACACGAUUCUUAUUUCUUAAUCAAACCAUGUAAAUGUCUUGAGGUUGAGCAAACAGGGGAAAGCAUUCCAUACAGCAAAAGAUUUACAGAAAUUACGGACAGAAAGCCCCUACCUUGGGAAUGAGUCAGUCUGCUGCUGUCUAGCAGGAAAAAUCAGCAGGGAGACAUAGAGCUUUUAGAAACAGCUUAUGAAUUUACAGCUUGCUAAGAUCCUGAAUUCUCUGUGUCUCUCAUACACAUACACUAACUGAUUCCCCACACAUGCAUACAUACAGGUCUCUGGUGGAAAGUACUGGGAAUGUACAGUCUGCAAUGCACACGAACUUUCUCUUUAGAGGAGAAAAGAUUUUUCCAAUAGGCAAAAAAUCCCACCCCCUCAGCACCCCUCCUUCCCCAGUGUCUGACACUGACUUUAAGGGAGGAGUUGAGCCAAUUAUCUGUGAGUCCUACAGAAGGAAAAUCUGCAAUUUGCCAGUAGUUGUGAGGGAGAGAGGGAGAAAGGCAGGGAGGGAAGGAAAAAAGAUUUAACUGGCAAAUGAAGGAAAAGCCUCUUUUAUCCUAGAGAGAGAAUAUUUUAAAGCAAAUCUCAGACCAGAAGAAAAGAAGCCCGUGGGAAGGGAUGAGCCAGGCAAGAUCUGGGGAAGCAUAGGGUCACUGAAGGCAACUUCCAUGCCGACCCUGCUCUCUCUGCAGAGGAUCUGAGGCGGCACAGAGGCAGGGUGGGCCAGCUGGAUGCACCCGCUAUCCUACACGAGUAGGUGCUGCUCCUGAAAUUCUUUUCCCCGCAGCAGAGCCUACAAAGUACAACUUGCAAGAAAAAGCAGUGGGAGUGGGAGAGACUCUGCCUCUCCUUUUCUUGAACUGAACCUGCGAGGAAAAGAGCUCAUCUGCCCAAAGGGAAAAACUGCCACCAGUUCUGAGACUUCUUUAGCCUAAGUCGGUUGCCUGAUCCAGCACUCACAUCCAUGGGGGAACGCCCUCUGGAGCCCUGCGGUCCUUCCCAAUCCUGCUAAGUUCUUGGGAAAUACUGAAGAAGAACUGAGCCCAGAAUAAGCAGCGUGGGAUCCACAGAGCAACAGCCUUUUACAACAGCAGUCACCUCUGAUUACAAUUAUCAUCUUCAUCAGACUGCACCAAGACCCAGGACUGCUCCUCCUGGGAAAGAGAGAACCAAGCAAUGAUGAAGACUAUGUCUGGUGGAAACUGCAACCUGAACGUGCCGGCCAAGAACUCGUACCGCAUGGUGGUGCUGGGAGCCUCCCGGGUGGGGAAAAGCUCCAUCGUCUCACGCUUCCUCAACGGCCGCUUUGAGGACCAGUACACCCCCACCAUCGAGGACUUCCAUCGCAAGGUCUACAACAUACGGGGAGACAUGUAUCAGCUGGACAUCCUGGACACCUCUGGCAAUCACCCUUUCCCUGCCAUGAGGAGGCUUUCCAUCCUAACAGGGGAUGUUUUUAUCCUGGUAUUCAGCCUGGACAACAGAGAAUCCUUUGAUGAGGUCAAGCGACUCCAGAAACAGAUCCUUGAGGUCAAAUCCUGCCUGAAGAACAAGACCAAGGAAUCAGCUGACCUCCCCAUGGUGAUCUGUGGCAACAAAAAUGACCACAGUGAAAUCUAUCGCAAGGUACGCACUGACGAAGGCGAGAAUCUUGUCUCCAGUGAUGAAAACUGUGCUUACUUUGAAGUGUCAGCCAAGAAGAACACCAAUGUAGAUGAGAUGUUUUAUGUCCUCUUCAGUAUGGCCAAGCUACCUCAUGAGAUGAGCCCUUCCCUCCACAGGAAAAUCUCCAUCCAGUAUAGUGACACUUUCCAACAGAAAUCCUUCCGGAUGCGCCGAGUCAAGGACAUGGACGCCUAUGGCAUGAUCUCUCCCUUCGCACGCCGGCCAAGUGUCAACAGUGACCUGAAGUACAUCAAAUCAAAGGUUCUCAGGGAAGGGCAGUCCAGGGAGAGAGAGAAAUGCACAGUCCAGUGAAGGAGGCUUGUGCUUCUGUCUGAAGACAACGUCCACAUGCAGUGCCUUAAAGAAAAAAUGGUCUGUGGAAGCAAAGAACAGGCUCAGGGGUUUGUUGAGAAAACCCAACAUGGAGAAAGGAUAACUUCCUGUGGAUUCUGCUGAGUCACAAAUGUAAAUAACAUCAUCCUUGAAGAUGACAGGGAAUAAUCAUACAGCUGAGAUACAAGUGAUUUUUUGUCUUUGUAAUGUAGUUCCUCUUCAUUCCCCUUUUUGUUUGAAAAAUACAGUCCUGAGAAGUAAAGACAUUUCAACUUUAUUGUUACAAAGAAAAUAGAUCAAAAAUGCACAGAAGGCAUGAACAGUGACGCAGCAUGCAGCUCUUACUAAGAGAGAGGAGGUUAGGUGUAUCUGUGUGUGCGUGUGUGUGUGUGUGUGUUUGUAUCUCUGUGUGCCCAUGUGCACGUGUGCAUGCAUGUGUGGAGCUCUCCUUUUAAAAAGUGAGACUUGCAUUUCAAAGAGCAGCAGUCUUAACUGAGCAUUCCCAGAUUGGGAGUGGACUCUAUAUAUGGAUGCAUGAUUUUCACUCACUUCUGAGGGUAUCUACAUUAAGAACUUGGUUUUAUGUUUGUUGGGACAGUUAUUGUUUCACAUUGACAUGAUUGUUGGUUUGUAUUAUAGAUUUUAUUUAGGAUUUUUUGGUUUUUUUUAUUGUCUGGGGGUAGGUUUUUAGCAAAUCAGAUGGCAAAUGCAUUUGAUAUUAAACAGUGUCUGCUUUCUACCAGUGAAAGGUGGUUUUCUUCUGUAACACUUUCUAAUAUGUACAUUGAGUGAAAGUGAAAUUAUUCUGCAAAAAGCCAAUGCAUUUGGGUGCUUUGCAAGCCUGGUGUGAUGUUGUUUCUCAAAGCAGCCACACCAAUUCUGAUUUUCAUAAUACAAAUGCCACCCUUUGCCUUUCUGGCCACUGGACUAAUGAUUUCUUCCUCUGCCUGUAUCAGCUGAGAGUGACCAGACUUAUAUGUAGAAUCAGACCACUUCAGAGGCAGGAUUGGAUUCUUUUUCAAAAAUAAGAAUUGAAUGGUUAUAGGGCCAGCUCCUUCAUAUUUCUUCUGCUGACAUGCUUCUAGUAAUUUUGUUCAUGGUUUCCCUCACUGUCCAGUAAAAGUUGCCUUGACUAUUUGCACUGCAGAAGUCCUUCGGAACAGAAGCUUUGCCCUAGCUGUUCAAACAGGAUUGAACUGACUGGUCAGAUAAAUCUGGGGCUGUCCAUUCACUUAUUUCCUUUCUCAGGCUUCCUUAUCUUCACUUCUCUUCCUGUUCUGCUUCUGGCUCUGUUGUUUGAUGAGCUCCUGUACGCUCUCAAAGUCCAAUAUAUUCUCUCAAAAGUGAGCUUGCCACUCUUGCUGACUGGAAUGAGAUGUGUGCACACAUAUCUGUGGGCAAAGCACGGCCCCAAGACAGUAAACAACAGUAGAAUAUAUAUGUCAUACAUACCUCAGAAAGAUCUUCAGAUAUAUUGUCCCUCCCUCACCCUCAAGUUCUGUGUUUGGCUACAUCUGCCUUGCUGUGUUCUGGGCAGAGCUGUGAGCUAGUUUGUGCUAUAAUUUGACAGGAAACCAAGAAUGAUGAUUGUCUGUAAAAAUUAGCCUCUGGGAUUCAGUGUCCCAUAUUCAUUUAUCAAUUCCACCCUUCAUUGGUACUGUAUUGGUAAAAUGCACUGUCCUUUUAUUCCUGUUGCCAGGGCAGCACCUUUCUGACCACUGCUCCCUCCCUAUCUAUAAAUAUGUAUAUGGUUUAUGAUUAAACCUGAUUUAUUUAUUA